UUUCAGCAUUCGGAACAGCCAAUGGGAGAGCAGAGGCGGGGUCGGCGGCCCUCCCCAUUGGUGCUCGCGAAGCUCUCAUCUGACUACAUUUUAUAUAACCGGAUGAUACAACAUAUACAGUUAACACUAUAGCGGGAGCGAGACGUGGCUAGUGCUUGUAUACAGUGUGUCGUUUCGCACUCGCUCCGUCUCUUUCGCUCGCGCCCCGGCAACUGUCAGAUUGUGCGCUCGCCGAAAAUGAAGCAACAGUGUUGGUAACAACCCGAAGCGCGCCGCAGCUUUUACUGUCGCGUUCCGUUUGACGCAAUUGUGACGUUUCGUUCUCCGUGUUUGCGUUUGGACUUUGUUUUUUUUUUAAUAAUCUUUUUUUUUUGUGGCGUGUGUUAUAAGAUGCGACAGUCGUGUGUUUGAGGUUGGUUGUAACAUAAACUAACGCCGGUUGCGUUUAGUUUUUGCUAAGUUGUAGUUCGAGGGAUUAUAAUGGAAAUGUCUUUGCCGAACGGCGUGGAUGUGUCUCAGUUGGUCCAGCACCCGGUACUGGCCGCUCUGCCGCCCUUCUUCCUGAGAGCCUCCGAGAGAUAUCAGAGGACGCCGAAGUGCGCGCGCUGCCGCAACCACGGCGUAGUGUCCGCCCUCAAGGGCCACAAGCGGUACUGCCGGUGGCGGGACUGCGUAUGCGCCAAGUGCACCCUCAUAGCGGAGCGGCAGAGAGUCAUGGCUGCACAGGUGGCGCUUCGCCGGCAGCAGGCACAAGAAGAGAACGAGGCCCGGGAACUGAACCUGCUGUACGCGGGCCAGGCGUCCGCGCCGCACCACUACACCGACAUAUCUGAGGACGCGCCACAUCAGAAACGCGCUCGCAUCACAGAGGUCUGCUCCAGUCCAUCACCAACAACUGAACCAGCGCAGGAGACGAAGACUCCCGCCGCCACCCCGCCACUCACAACCCCGCCCCCGCGAUCACCCUCAGACCACGAGCUGAACGUGGAAGAAGAACUAGAAGAUCACUCGGAACCCUCUCUCACGCCGGAAAACUUGUCGAUGAAGGAGCAGAGACAGGACGACGUACCAGUCAAAAAAGAGGACGAAGAAAAAUGGGACAGCUCCGAUUUCAAAUACAAAAUGUUUAGACGCGACAGGAAACCUGAGCCAGCGCCUGAACAGCAGCCAGAAGAGUCUUCCUACCAAAAGUCCCCUAUAGACGUGCUCAUCAAAGUUUUCCCGCGACGCAGCAGGCAAGAAAUAGAAGCAAUCCUCGCGAGAUGCAAAGGAGACGUGGUAGCCGCAAUGGACAUGAUGCUGAACGGCUCUGACACUGCCAGUACACCUUACAAUAUCACUCAGGAGUCUCCGCCUUACCUACAGAGCUACCAGUCGAAGUCGGCCUUCUCUCCUUUAUCAAACCAAAGCUUCAAGUUUUCUCCUUCAAGGAGAUUUCUCACUCCACCUUACAGCGGGACUGGAUAUCUCCCAACUGUGAUCCGACCACCACCGGAGUAUCUAUCCUCUUUUAUGCCUCCAACUGACCUCAUGUACGGAAGACAACUGCAAGUUCCAUCCCCCGGAACCUCUCCCACUUCUGAUAAUACCAACAACGAAGGCUUCUCAGAUUAGGGGUACAGGAACUGGACGGUGCUUUAACAGCAAAGGUAGAUUAGAUUCUGGAAGAGUCUACAAGAGUUAGUAUACGAUCGAAUCAGAGAUAUCGAUGUGACGUUGUAAAUAUUGUGUCAAUAUUUGUCACACUCGAUGUUUGGGAAUAUUGGAAGUACGUUUUCUGAAAUGCGAAAAGAAUUCGAAUUGAUUUCAAACGGAUUUUGAAGUAAGAUAUUGAUACAAAAAUGUUAAUGUACUUGUUUAAAAUUAAAGUAUUUUAAACUUUUAAAAGUAUUAGUUAGCAGAAAUCAUAGGAUACAAUACUAUUGUUUAUAAAGAAAUAGAUUUCUGAUAUUUUCCUCUCUGAAAGUAUUAAGAGACAGUGCUCCUGAAAUUUUACUGGUAAAGUAUUUUUCAUUCUUUAAUUAUAAGUCAAAUAACAUUAUUGAUCAUCUUUAGGAAUUGUUAUUUUUGUAUAUAUAAAUUAGCUGCUGAAUAGUGAGCUUUAAAAUAAAUACCUGUUGUAUACGUAAUAAUUAAAUAGUAUUUACUAAAAUGCUAGUUAGUGAUUUUUUAAAUAAAUGUAUAAUAUAGAUCGAAUCUCACAAAUAUAUGACAGAAAACUAAACACUUUUGUGGCUGACUGUAUACUCAAUAAAAAGUCAAAAAACACAACAAAAACACUUUUAAAAUAUUUUUCAUUGGAAUUGUUUUAAUUAUAUUAUAUUAUAUUAAUUAGAUAAAUGUCAUAGUGUUCAAUAGUGAAUUUAAAACUUGUAAAUAUAAUGAUUACAACUAAUAAUUAUUAGUGAUAAUAUAUGAAUGAUGUUUAAUCAUUUAAUCUAAGAGAUUAUAGCUAUAACUUGUACAAUAUUAAGGAAUGAACUAUUCUAUACGCUCAAUAUAUCAUAUUAUCAUUGAAAUUGAUUGAUUGCAAAUUUAUUUUCUUUCGGGAUACCUACUACAAAAUCCUUAAUACAGUGACAUUGCAUCAGAUACAGUAAGAAACAAACCGGCUGCAUCUGCAGUCGUUAGCACCUACCGAUCCGCACUGGGCCCGCGUGGUGGGUCAUGGCCCAAUCUCACUAUUCCAUCCACAGGGAAGGCCUGUGCCCUAGCGGUGAGGGGACAUUAAUAUGCUGAUGAUGAUGAUGAACCAGAAUCUAAUCUUUAACAUAGUUUUCAUUCAGCACAAUAAAAUCUUCAACAUUGUUAAUACAAAGUUAAUGUCAAUUUUCAACCUUAUUAAUGUUGAAGAUUUUAUUUCAUCAACAGCCUAUCAUAGUCCACUGCUGGACAUAGGCCUCUCCAAUUGCACGCCACUCAGAUCGAUUUUGGGCUACUCGCAUCCAGCUCCAGCCAGCCACCUUACGCAAAUCGUCACUCCAUCGUGCCUGAGGACGUCCUACGUUUGCCUAGACGCGGUCUCCACUCCAGAACUCGUCUACCCCAACGGUUAUCGGUUCUUCGGCAAAUAUGGCCAGCCCAUUGCCACUUCAACUUGCUUAUCCGGUGGGCUAUGUCGAUGACUCUGGUUCUCUGUCGGAUUACCUCAUUUCUGAUGCGAUCCUUCAGAGAAACGCCGAGCAUAGCCCUUUCCGUAUUAUUUAUUGUAAGGAAAUCAUUUAAAAUUGCAGAGCUUUUAGAACAUAAAAAAUUAGGUGCACUAUAACAAUGCAACGUACCAUAAUUAUUUUUCUUAUAUCAUAUAGAAGAAGCAUUUUUGCAGGCCGGCAAGGUGAGGAUGGUUGGUGUAGCAGUUUAUAACUGCUGUACCAGCCAUCUUCGCGUUUGGACUUUAUCACCACUUAACAUCAGGUGGGGUAGAGUCAUUUGCCUACCUCGCCAUAAAAAAAAUAGGUAAAGUUUGGAUUUUUGUUAUUCCAACACGCCAAAACGACUGAACAGAUUUGGGUGAAAUUCAGCACACCAUAGAAUAGGUUUCCUGAAUUAAAGGAGACAUACCAGGAUACUAUUAUACCAAAAACAAUUUCAGCAGCAGUAUCUUAAAAAAAUAACUAAAUUGUUUACUGUAACUGCCUAAUGGGCGAAAGACGGAAUGAUUUUCUGAAAUUUUGGUACAUAACUCUUUCGCUGAGGCAAUUUUAGUGAGUUCUAAUACUUAUAAAUAUUUAGGUAACCUUGAGGUGCUCAAUGGCGCUAGUGGUUAGUGCGUUCGGCUGCGAUCGUUGCAGUUAAGCAACUUUUGAAAUGGUCGGUCAUUGGAUGGGUGACCAAAAAUUUACUAUCUCGAGCUCCUCCGUGCUUCGGAAGGCACGUUAAGCCGUUGGUCUCGGCUGCAUUUUCAGUCGUUAGCACCCACCAAUCCGCACUGGGCCCGCGUGGUGGGUCAUGGCCCAAUCUCUCUUUUCCAUCCAUAGGGAAGGCCUGUGCCCCAGCAGUGGGGACAUUAAUAGGCUGAUGAUGAUGAUGAUGAUGA